GCUGGGGCUCCCUGUGACUCAAAACGUGUCUGCCUCAGACUUCCUCAAAAUAUUUCAGCUUAUAAUUGCAGGAUUUGUAGCUGUGCUGCUGUGUGCCUGGUGCGCGGGUGUGUGUCAGUGUGUGCACACUGGGGCGUGUGCGUGUUUGUUCAGGGUGUGGGUGUGCAAGGCGAGGGGCUCCAUCCUGCCUUCACUGCUGGCUGCAGCAUGACCCCAGCCCCCUGCCCAGCCCUGGUGUGACUGCGGUGACGGCCGGCAGUUCCCCUUCCUGGCGCCACCUCACCACGGCACCAUGGCGGCCCUCAUCUCGGUGUGCGACUUUGUGCGGCAGGUGCAGGAGGACCUCAGCUCGCCCACCACCUCUGCCUUCGUGAGCCACAUGGGCCGCUGCAAGGCCACUGCCAACAGCCUGGAGGAGGCCUUGGAUGCUGACCGAGCUGUGCUGCAGAAGAUGAGGAAAGCUGCCAAGGCGGAGCACAGCUGUGGACAAGACCUCAUCAGCCACCUCGAAGCCCACAUUGCUGCUCAGGAGAAGUUCUCAGCCAACUACCAGCUGGAGGGCGAGGAGCAGCUGGCCAGUGCCUUUAGCACCUUUGCUGCCUUGUCCCGGGAGCUGCUGACCGCUGUCAGGAGCCUGUGGCAGAGUUUGUACCACAACAUUAACUUUUCCCUGGAGUCAUUAAUAAAGGGUGACAUGAAAGAGCUCAAAGGGGACUUCAAGAAGCCCUUUGAGAAGGCCUGCAAAGACUAUGAGAACAAACUUGCCAAGAUUGAGAAGGAGAAGCGUGAACUGGCGAAGCAGCACGGCAUGGUGCGGAGCGAGGUGAGCGGGGGGGAGAUCGCUGAGGAGAUGGAGAAGGAGCGCAGGACCUUCCAGUUGAACAUGUGCGAGUAUCUAAUCAAAGUGAAUGAGAUCAAAACCAAGAAAGGGAUUGACCUACUGCAAAACCACAUCAAGCACUGCAGCUCACAGUUCAAUUUUUUCCAGGAAUGUUUAAACACAACAGCAAAACUUAAGAAUUUUACAGAGAAGCUCAUCCCGGAGCUGCAGAGUAUGAAGAUUAGGCAGGACGAGGAGAAGCAGCAGCUCUGCUCCCUUCGGGAUCAGCUGAAAACAGCGUUGCAGCUGGAGCAGAAAGAGGACCCUGGGAACAAGCAGGCAGGGUACAACAUGCACCAGCUGCAAGGGAACAAGCAGUACGGCACAGAGAAGUCGGGGACCCUCUUCAAGAAAAGUGAUGGGUUGAGAAAAGUCUGGCAGAAGAGGAAAUGCACUAUCAGCAAUGGCUACCUGACCAUUUCUCACAGCACGCUCAACCGCCCACCGGCCAAGCUGAAUUUGCUGACCUGCCAGGUGAAGCCCAACAUGGAUGACAAGAAAUGCUUUGAUCUAGUUUCCCACAACCGCACGUACCGCUUCCUGGCAGAGGAUGAGCAGGACUGUGUCGCCUGGGUGUCCGUCCUCAGCAACAGCAAGGAGGAGGCGCUGAACGUGGCCUUCAGCAAGGCGCAGGGUGGAGGGGAGAGCAGCCGGGAGGAGCUGACCCGGGCCAUCAUCAAGGAGGUCAGAGGCAUGCCUGGGAACAGGGAGUGCUGCGACUGCUCAGCCCCAGAUCCCACUUGGCUGUCCGUUAACUUGGGCAUCCUGAUCUGCAUUGAGUGCUCUGGGAUUCACAGAGAGAUGGGCGUGCAUCUAUCCCGCAUCCAGUCACUGUCUCUGGACAAGCUGGCAACCUCCGAAUUGCUGCUGGCAAGGAAUAUCAGCAACUCUGGCUUCAACGACAUCAUGGAAGCGAAUCUCCCCAGCUUUUCCCUGAAGCCCACAGUGCACAGUGACAUGGCCUUUCGGAAAAAUUUCAUAAUUUCCAAGUAUGUCGAGAAGAAAUAUGCUAAGAGGAGCUCUGCUGCACAGUGCUCCGGCCUCCCAGAAGCUGUCAAGGACAAGGACAUAUUUUCUUUGCUUCAAGCGUAUGCAGAGAACGUGGAUUUGAGUGAGCCUGUGCUGUCACCUCUGCAGGAUCCUGGGGAGACCAUUCUCCACCUGGCAGUGCUGUUGUCUGAUCGAACCUCCUUGCAUAUCGUUGAUUUUCUUGUCCAGAACAGUGGGAGCCUGGAAAAGCGGACGGUGGAGGGGAACACAGCACUUCACUACUGCUGCUCUCACAACAAACCCGAGUGUGUCAAACUGCUGCUGAAGGCCAAAGCCAACAUCUCCAUCACUAAUGAAGCAGGAGAGACAGCCCUGGAUGUUGCCAGGAGGAUGAAACAUCCCCUGUGUGAAGAGCUGCUGCUGCAGGCCCAGAGCAAUCAGUUCAACCCCAAUGUCCAUGUGGAGUGUGAGUGGUGGCUGGGCCAAGAUGACAUGUAUGAGAGUGACGAAGACCUCGAUGAGAAGCUGGGUCCUGUGAAGAGGGGGUCUGCCCGUCCCCAGAGCUGCUAUCACCCCCCUGCUGUUGCUCCCGGGCUGGAGGCAGCAGGGGCAGUGCCCUGGGAGGGGUGGCCGGACAGCUGCCCCCCACCAGCUGCCCACCUCCACAGCCCAGAUGUGCCGCCGGCCCCCUCCUACGCACCUCCGUUCCCACCCCAGUGGGCAAAGCCAGCUCCCCAGGGGGCAUAUCCGCCCUUCCUUACCAGCUCGUCCAUCUUUGCUGAGGACACAAGAAGCAGGAGGAUCCCACUCCUGCCUCUGUGCAUCAAGCACAAGCGGACAUCCUCGGAGCCAGUGCCUUGGGUACCGCUCAGUCCCGAGCAGCCCAGCUUGAACAGCCUGGCUUCAGGUAUCCUGAAAGCCACGGACCUCCUCUGCAUGCCUGGACCCAGCAAAGUGGGACAGCCUGACCCACACCGAUCCUUCCAGGAGCCAGAGCCAUGUUCUGGCCAUGCCUGGGAUGUCCCACCUCUUCUUCCUCGGAGGAGCAGUUUGAACAGACUGCUGCUCCACAGGGUCCGUGCUCUCUAUGACUGCAAUGCUGACCGGGAGGAUGAGCUGACUUUCCGCACAGGCGAGAUCAUUGUAGUGUCUGAAAAGGAGGACAGCAACUGGUGGAAAGGGUGGAUUGAAGGACAGCCUCACAGGCAAGGUGUCUUCCCUGCUUCAUUCGUUCACGUGCUCAAUGAGUAGGAGUUGCUUCAAUUCAAGAAGGAAGAUCUGAUCAGCUUUGUAAAAUACAAUUCCCCCAGCUUCCAUCUGCACCAAGAGCCCUGGGGAUGGGCGGGCUGGAAGCACCAGCUCACCUGGUGCUACCUCCCUCACCUCUGCUGCCCCAGCAUCCCUGUCCCACCACCCCACUCCUCCCAUGUGCUGCCGGCAGUGCCAGGCUGUCCCAGAGGAUCCCUUGGCCAGGCAAAGGGAGAGAAGACAGCAAUCUAUGUGCUCCGCAGAUGUGCUCCUGCCCCAGACCAUAUCCCCAUACAGGAAACAGCCCUGGGGCACUCUGCUGCCCAGUGCCUGGUUCCUGCCUUGUCCUGACCAUGCUGCCUAUCCCAUGGUGCUACCUGCUCUGCACGUGCUAAUGGCAACAAUGGUAGAGUGGAGCAGCAGUGUACCCUGCGGGGCUUUGAAGCUGCAAGUGGAGUGAGGCUGGCAUGCAGACCUCUGGGAAAGGGGCUUCUGCGGCAGGCUGAGGACACUGGGACCUUGGAAAUACAAACAAGUGCUGUGGAGCCAGCACCACCAGGAGUCUGUGCCAUCCCUAAUUCUUACCACCCAGGUUUCACUGUUUGUGCUCCAGAAAAUGUGCUCUGUGGCAGCUCAGGGCAUUGCUCCUUCAGUGCCUGGCCCCCCAGCAAUGGUGGAGAGGCCCUUUGAGCCUGCCGCCAAUAAAUACCAGCUCUUUGGUGCUCUGUAUUUUGUUGUUCUAGGACUGUUUUAGCUUGAGUUUCUAGAUCCUCCCUCUUUGCCAUGCUCCCUCAGGCACCAAACCUCCUCACAGGCAUCAGAGUGAAGAGGGCUGACCUCCCCUUGGAUAAAAUUACUCACAAUUCAGCUUGCAUGGGUUUUCUCCACUGGCUGUGUUUUUCCAGUUGCCGGGGUACAUUUCACAGCCUUCCUCUGUCCUCUCUGAGCCAAAAAAUCCCAUCCACAUGAGGAAAAGAAACCAGCCAGUGAGAUGCUGGAUGCACAAGGCUGUUGAGACCUCCAUGUUGCUGCUGUCAGUGUCAGCAGAAGUUGAGCCAUCCCAGCAGGACCCACAGGGGCAGGAGGGCAGUUCCACUCCAGGCUAGGAACAUUUUAAUGAUGAAUUUCCUGAUGCAGCCCUGGGAACAUGGCCAUCCAGCUCCAGCAGGACCAGUGGCCACUGUGGGGCACUGACUGGAUGGGGGACAGCAGCCCUGACCUUGCUGUGUCACUUACUGCAAGGCUGUGUUCUCCCCC